AAGUUGAACAUCCCCGUUUCAUUCGCAGCAAGUAUAGAUAGAGAGGACAUGGAAGUUGGAAUCAACGUGGUCCAGAAGUAAAGAAUUCUCUCUCUUUACUCUCUCUCUCUCUUCGUCUUCUUCUUCUUCUUCGCCCAAAGCUCAGUCUUCCAUAUGAACUCCACAAACCCGCUCACCCACUACCCACUCCAUCGCUUCGCUGCCAGAACCAUCCCACCACCACCAUUACUACAUGCGCCAUUGAAGCUCCGCUUCCGCUGCGCCAUGCCUCGACCCCCAAACCGCAGUCGAAGAAAACCCAGAAGACUCAGGUUAAAUAUCCCCUCCGAACACUCUUUUUCUUCUUCCUCUUCCCUUUCCACUUCCUCCGACGCUAAGCUCCAGACCGUCAUCGACCUCGACCAGCUCUAUUUCUCUUCCCAAUCGCGGUUCCAACAGUUUCUGGCUGCUGGGGAAGACGCUUACGGGGACUUACAGACCCUCAUCACCUUCGACGCCGAUCGGAGAUUGGUCGUUUCUUGCCGGUGGUCGACGCUGCGUUUUAUAGGGAUUAUAGUGGUUUUUGGGUUCGUUGUCGUUUUGGGUUUCAAGGUUUUGGCUGGAUUAUUGAGGUUGGGGUCGAAAGGUGGACAUGGGUCUGGAAGUUAUAAACCAGUGGUUCGGAGAGAUAGGAGUCUUGGAGGAAGAGAGGUUGUGGUUGGGACGACAGUGGAGAGGAGAGGAGGAUUCAAUGCAAGGAAGGGUUUUGGAGCUUUGAGCAAUCCGCUAUCGCCGGCAAUGGAGGAGUGGGUGAGUGGUUCGAAGAGUGUUUCGAGUAAUUGGGUCCGGGGAGAGAAGAAGUUGCCAAAAUGGUGGCCGAGUUCGGUGCCACAUUCGGGUUUUCCAGUGGAUUUGCAGGAGUACCAGAGAGAGGCCAACAAAUUGAUUAGAGCAAUCGUGGACAAUAGAAUGGGAGGAAAGGACAUUGUGCAGGAUGAUAUAAUUCAAUUACGUCGAAUAUGCAGGGCUUCAGGAGUACGGGCCUCCUUUGGCACCACAAAUACAAGGGAUUCCUUCUAUCGUACAUCUGUUAACUUUGUUUUGAAUGUUUGUGCCAGGUCACCAAGUGACUCUUCUUCUAUUCAGAUUGAUGGAGAAGAUGUCCGGCAGUUUAUUGCUGGGCUUGCUGAAAACAUUGGGCUUGAGAAUUUUCAUGCUGCAAGAAUUGUGUCUGCAGCUGUGGCUGCAUCAACACGUUCACGUUUUUUGCAGGCCUGGGCUUUGGAAAUGCAAGGAAAACAUGCUGAAGCAAAGGAAGAACUGUCAAAGAUAUGCCUUGUUUUCCGGAUAUUCCCUCCCGAGGAGUCUGCUCCUGAGAUAGAGAUGGUAGCUAGAAGCUUGGAGAAACACUUGAAAGUAGAACAAAGGGAAUUUUUAUUAAAUAUGCUUGUUGGGAUUUGUGGAGAAGAUGGUCAGAGAAGUGUAGCAGAAGCGUUGGGUUUGAUGCAAUCUCCAACUGGUGUUCUUGAUCAGCAGUAGAACAAGUACAUAAAGAAAGCUCAAUUUAUUUUUCGUUCUUGUGAAAUGGAAUCUUAGCAACUUAGUAGGUUAUGUAGUUUUAAACAAAUUUUCAGUUUCUCAAUUUUUUUUUUCUUUUUCUUUUUUCUUUCUUUUAGAGGGAAGGGAGGCCCUAAUGUUCAUUUUGUAUUGUUAAUUUUACAUAUUUUCAUCAUCUAUAGUUUUUGUUUAAUAAAAUAAUACAUAUAAGUCAGCUGCGAAAAAUCUUGCAGCAGUACAUCUGCAGAUGAUUUAUGAAUGAAAUUGCCACUUUUUUGUU